GCUGCCAACCCUCCCGCCCGCCCAGCCCUAACCCGGGACGCCCCCUCCUCACAGGGCUCGUCGCACCUACCCCAGCAACUCAAAUUCACCACCUCGGACUCCUGCGACCGCAUCAAAGACGAGUUUCAGCUGCUGCAGGCUCAGUACCACAGCCUGAAGCUCGAAUGUGACAAGCUGGCCAGCGAGAAGUCAGAGAUGCAACGUCAUUACGUGAUGUACUACGAGAUGUCCUACGGCUUGAACAUUGAAAUGCACAAGCAGGCUGAAAUUGUCAAGAGGCUGAAUGGGAUCUGUGCCCAGGUCCUCCCCUACCUUUCCCAAGAGCACCAGCAGCAGGUCUUGGGAGCCAUUGAGAGAGCUAAGCAGGUCACAGCUCCUGAGCUGAACUCCAUCAUCCGACAGCAGCUCCAGGCCCACCAGCUGUCCCAGCUGCAGGCUCUGGCCCUGCCCCUGACCCCACUACCUGUGGGACUGCAGCCGCCUUCACUGCCGGCGGUCAGCGCAGGCACCGGCCUCCUCUCACUGUCUGCGCUAGGUUCCCAGGCCCACCUCUCCAAGGAAGACAAGAAUGGGCAUGAUGGUGACACCCACCAGGAGGAUGACGGCGAGAAGUCGGAUUAGCUAGGGGCCAGGAUGGGGAGAGUGGGGAACAAAAGGGAGACAGAUGCACAGAGAGGAAUGUUCACCGUAAGACAAUAUAGCUCGGGAUUGGCUAAACUCGGGUAUUAUUUAUGGUAGCUCCUGCUGGGGCCUUAGCCCCACCUGUGUGCCACCCUCUAGCUUUGUUCCACCUCCCUGCCUCCCUGCCUCCCUCCUCCUCCCCCCUCCUCUCCCCUGUAGCCUGAAUGAGUAAAUACCUGCUCAUACCACAGAUAAGGCAAGCUGAGUCCUGGAAGCGCAAAUGGGAGGCUAGGUUAGAAGAGAGCAAAACCUCAAGCAGUCCAACACCCCCUGCACUGCCCCAUUUCACACAUGUGUAACUGACAGUCCGCCUGCCGGGCCCCUCAGGGCACACCCCAGCCUCCCACCCUGGCACUGCAUGCAAACACAAUGCUAGCUGCCCCUUCCUGCCCUGGGCACCCCUGUCUCCCCCUCCUGCCUACUCACCUCCUCCACUUGUUCCAGACGCCCAUGCCCACGUGGUCCUCCUCGCCUACCAAGGAACACAAGCUUAGCUGGGGUGAGCAGGGUGGGGGUGGGCAACCCAAGAUUUUCCUUCUCCCUUUCCUGAAUAAAGAUGAGGGUAUUCGAGUUGUCUUGGUUUUUAUUUUAUUUUUUUCCUUUUCCCAGUAUACUAGCUUGUCUUUUAAGAAAGGAUAUUAAAAAAAAAGAAAAAAAAUGUUUAAAAAAAAAAGCAACACCCACACCUGUGUCUGUAUAUAGCCUUUAGACUGUCAGCUUUUGUUGUGUUCAGUUAUUUGAACUCUGCAGAGAGAAGUGAAAAUGCUGUAUCGAGGGUGGGCUUAGCUGUGCCUUUCAAAUAAAGACGUGAGAAGGUUG